UCCUUAUUAGCUGAGAUGCGGCGAAGUUUAGGUUAUGUUGAUUAGGCUGCAUCGAAAGAUGCCAGUAUGCAAAGAUGUGAUUUGAUGGGAAGGCUGUGAUUAUGAAGAAGUUUGAUAGUUGAUGUAAUUUACAGCAUAGUUUCCAGUUAAUUCAAAAUUAUUUUUUCCUCAAACCCCCAUCUAAAUUUGAUUUCUGAUUUAUUUCAAGUUCCAAUUCCGAUUUGUGACUGUCCGUUUCACUAAACUUUGCUUGAAACGAACCUGCCUGUGGUGUAAAUCAAUUCUUACAAACGUAUUUCCUCUUUGUUGGCCGGUGACAUGCAGUUUGAUAUCCUUAAACCUGACAUGCCAGUGGUGUCUGUUGAUUUUUUCGAAUAAUGUUUUACUUUUUGGCAUGGUGGUGUACAGUCGGCUUGAUUUUAACCGGACAUGACUGCGGUGGUUGUAGGUCCUUCCUAAUACUGUCUUCCUUUUUCCUUGCAUUUUGGUAUAAGAUUUGAGGUAGGAUUUCAGCCUUAUAUGACGGCGGUGUAGAUAGACUCUAUUAAUGCUUCUUCUUCUCCAUGGAGUUGCUAUUUUGCUUGUGUGUUGUUUUGAUUUGUGGGUUUUCACUUUCAAUUGUGAUUUCGAUUUGUUGUGGGUUUUUAUUUUUCUUCUAUUGUUUAGUGGACUAUCUUCAUGAGUGCUGGGUUUAUCUGUUGCAGGUGCUGUCCUCGGUGGCUUGGAGAUACGGGUGGUCGGCGGUCCGGGCUGCUCUUCUACUCGGCGGGCAACGUCCUUGGACUCCUGGUGUCCGGCGCGCGGUGGUAUGGGCUGUCCCUCUACCUGAUGGAUGUCAUCCUCAGCUUGGCUGGUGAUGUCGUCCGGCUCGUCUUGGCAUUCUGCGGGCGGUGGUACGGGCUGUCCCUCUAUGCCAUGGAUGACGUCUUCGGCUUGGCUGGUGAUGUCGUCCGGCUCCUCUCAGCGUUCUGCAGGGUGCGGUGCGACUUCAGUCUUGAUAUUCUCGGAUGAUGUCCCAAUCCAGUGUGACAACGGGCGUAUGGUCUUCCUUUGAUCGUCUGCUUUCUUCAUAUGCAUCGUUGAAUGCUUUCAGUCUGAUGUAUAUCUCUGGCCUGGAAAGGGUGGGUGUGCGGUCCUCAGCCGGCGGCAAUGGUUCUGUGACAUUAGAUGUGGGCGUCUGAACCUCUGGAACGGUGGUACAUGGGCGUUUCUCCCGCGCGACAUCUUCCGUCCUUCAAGUCGCCGAUGUGGGUUCCAGGAUGCGGUGUGGUUCUUCCAUAAUUUAUCGGAUGAUAUAAAGAUUCAAGUGCGUUGAAACGACCGAAACAUGUGAGGUUAUGUGAAACGAUUAUAAGUGAAUGAUCAAAAUUGAAAUAGUGUGAAAAAUUCGUUCAAUGAAGAAAUACAAAAGUGUGAUUCAAUAAUAUGUUCAGUGAUGAAGUGAAUCAAAUUAGCAAUAUCGUUAACAUAAAAUGAUAAUAACAUAAAGGAUACACAAUGGAUAAUUAUGCGGUAACGCAGGUACGUCUCUUAUAAUUUAUUAUUAU